AUUACGCUCGGGUAGAAAAUCGUUGUCAUAUUAUUGUGAAGGAAAAGAUUCAAAAGAUUUUACAUAAUGUAUUCGUUUUUUUUUAAUAAAACGUGGUUAUUCAGAAAAAAGAAAACAUUUCGAUAGUUAUGUGGCGCAAUAACAUUUGUUUUUACCUUAUUAGGAAUUCGUGUCUAUAUUUUGCAUUGUUCGGGCCGAAUCCUAAAUAGGUAUCUUUUUAUAAUAUAGUGCACUAAGUAGGGUGUUGACUACUUUCUGUGUAGGGCGCUUAUACACGGUGUUGGAAUUGGAUUGAGAUUCAGACCCGGUCAUUACAGGGAUCCUUGUUUGGAGCCGUUUUUCAUGGACUUAAACUGUACUAAUGGAGGUUAGUACAGAGUUUACAAUUAAUAUAACAUGAUAAGCAGGAGCUGAUGUCUGUAGCACCAUCUCACUUUACACCUCCACUUGCUCCACCACCACCUCCACCUGCUCCACCACCACCUCCACCUGCUCCACCACCACCUCCACAUGCUCCUUCACUGCAGAGCAAGAAGAAGCUCUACCAGGCCAUAGCAGAGGGAAGGACUGCUGUUGAAGGAGACUUUGAGGAAGCCUGUUUGCUCUUCACACAAAGAGAGAGCAGUUUCAGGAAGGACUUGCAGUGGGUGCUGUUUAACAAAUAUGUGCCUUCAUUGAUCCAAGAUGGUCCCAAAUGUGGAUUAGUGGCUUUAUGGAUGGCAUCCCAUCUGCUGAAUCCUGCCAUGACCAUUUCCAUUGAAAACAUCAUGCAAAAGGCAGUGAACAAAAGAUACACUUCUCAAGGAGAGAUGUUUUCAGCUAGGGAUAUGGCUCUGCUGGCAGAAGAAGUAUAUGGCAUCAGAGUUCAGAGGCUAUCUGGAGGCAUGACUGGAGACCAUGCUGCACUAAUCCUCAAACAUCUCACAGACGGCCAGCCGAUCUUAAUACCAUACGACGAGGACUUUAACCAUGAGCCGUGUCUACGCAGUGGCCAUAAAGCUCACUGGGCAGUGGCUUCAGGCGUGUUACUCGGGCUGGCACAGGGGAGCGUAAACAGCGAGCAGCUCCUCACUGAUGCCACUCUGCCAUGGCUGCAUCUUUCCGGAGUUGGAGCACCAGCUACCUGGCUCUCGAAUCCAGUUGAGGUCUACAUCUUGGCCAAACAGGGGAAGAGUCUGCGCUACCAGCUAUGGAAGUUUGAAACAGUAGCAAAGAGUAACGCCCAGCUUAGAGAAAUAGACCCGCAGAGAGCCAGCGACGGAUCUUACUAUGUGCUGCCCCCUGGUGGGGUGGAGGAGGGACUCGCAGGCCAGGUGUUGCUACUACACACCUCACAGACAAACACAUAUCCAGAACAGGAUGCGAUGGGAAGGAUGGCAGUACAGCAUGACUGUGUUUAGCGUGCACCUUAAAUGGUGCUCAGAGACUUCAGGGAGAUUCAUGAGGAAUUUGUUUUCCCCACUAACUAUGGAGUAACCGUGUACUGUUAUGAAAAUGUCAUGGUGCUAAACGAAGGGCUGUGGUAUCCUGCUGCUCUGACUAAAAAUAGGUAAUAAAUGGACUUCUAGCUUAUUUUAAGACUGAAAAAACAUGUGUUCAACACAUGUUGCGGGGAAAAGGGUCUUUAAUGCAUCAUAUCGAAUGUGAUUUUCUCCUAGAGAAAUAAGGAACGGAGGGGCACGGUGGCUUAGUGGUUAGCACGUUCGCCUCACACCUCCAGGGUUGGGGGUUGGAUUCCCGCCUCCGCCUUGUGUGUGUGGAGUUUGCAUGUUCUCCUCGUGCCACGGGGGUUUCCUCCGGGUACUCUGGUUUCCUCCCCCGGUCCAAAGACAUGCAUGGUAGGUUGAUUGGCAUCUUUGGAAAAUUGUCCGUAGUGUGUGAUUGCGUGAGUGAAUGAGAGUGUGUGUGCCCUGCAAUGGGUUGGCACUCCGUCCAGGGUGUAUCCUGCCUUGAUGCCCGAUGACGCCUGAGAGGCUCCCCGUCACUACCUGAGGUAGUUCGGAUAAGCGUGAGUGAGUGAGAGUGAGUGAGUGAAAAAUAAGGAACAGAAAUACUAUACUCGCAGCAGAAACCUUACUUUAUCAGUCCCAUGUUUCAUCUUGUUGGCCUGAUGUAAAAAUAAAAAAAAAAAAUCAAAACUUUGUGGACAUUUUCUCUCAGUUGAGGAGCCCAAACUGAAUUAUAUCAUGCGUUCCCAGUGGAAAUGCCUCCUUAUAUUAAUAUUUCAAUGCAGAUAUUUGCACGUUAACAACAGCUCACGUACGUUUGAACCCAAU